UCAUGUGACUGGCACCGCUGCUCGGUCACAACAAAGAUGGCGGCUGCUGAGAAUCGGAGAUCCGGAGUUUCUUCUUUUCUCGUUUUUCUUUUUUCUUUUUUCAGUUUAUGUCACAGUUCGUUCAGUGAAGAAACUUUCAGAAGAAACUUGUCGGUAGAGUUGAACCCCGGUUCACCCUCGGCGCCCUCCGGUGGCGACCUGCUGCACGUGAGAGCCGUAGGAGUCAAUGACACGCUGCACUUCCUGUUCUGCAGCCAGGGGGCACCGACGCUGCUGCUGGUCCACACCAACUCUUCAUCUUCUACUGUGGAGGUGAACUGGACUCAGUUCGAGGCUCGUAACACCAGCGGCAGCCUGAAGGUGGAGCCAGAGAAUAGUGUGGUGUACAGCUCCGGCCUCGUCUUCAGCAGGCUGUUGGAGUACGACGACGUGAACGACACCGCCGACCCGACCGCUGACCCGUUCCCGCCGUACCAGCUGCAGGAUUUCACCUGGUCCCGCCUCAAGCUGUCGGGCCUCAGCGCUCUACUGUGCGGGGCCGCCGAAACCUUCACCAACGGAUCGCUUUGCCUAGAGCUCUCUGUGUUUGAGUCAGAAGGGCGGGAUCAUUCCUGGCCCCGCCUCCUCCACACGGCUAACUCCUCCCAGUUGAGGGUGUGGCUCGACGGCGUGUUGCCACGGGCAACUCGUUCCCGCUUCCUGUUGGAGCUUCGUGCGGUGGGCGACCCGUCUCCUCUGAGCAGAGUGGAGGUCCAUCGCUCCAUCGACGACGAGUUCACGCCGUCGAUAUUCAAGGUGUCCCAGUGGGUGUCCUCGGCUAACGGCAGCUCCGAUGUCCUCGGUUACCUCCAAUGGAAGCCGGUGGCGUACCGGCGGGCCGACCCGGCCCUGGAGUACGCCACGCCGUGCCGCCACUCGGACCCGCGGCCUCAGAGCCCGGAGGAGACGGCGGCGGCGUCGGGGCUGAUUCGAGGCUUCUACGGGGCGCCGCAGACCUUCAGCCUCAACGUGAGCUUCGGUCUGGCAGGGGAACCGUUCUACAACGUCACCAAGUUCUUCAGCUGGACGGUGCUGCUCGGCGCCGGCUCUCCUCCCGUCGACUCCUUUUCCCCGCUGGUGCUCGCCGUUACGGCGCUCGGUUUGGGAACUCCCACAAUGCUGCUGGUGAUGGGCGGAGUCUGUGUGUGCGUCCGCAAGCGGGCGACGGACUACGAGCCAAUCAAUUGACGGCUGGUCAGAGGGUUCAAAGUUCAAACGGGUUUUUAAGAUUGACUCCAGCCGACCAAUCAAGACUCAGGCAUUUAAUGUAAUUAAUACGUUGAGUCAGUUGGAUUUGAUCAGAUUUUGUGAUGUUUGUAUCAACGAUGACGUGAACAUGUUUUAUAUUUCACUCUGCAGCUUAUUAAUAAAGUUUAAUUUGAUGGUUUUA